CCUGCCGCGCAGGUUUGGGUGAGAGGCGAUCGCGGCCGGGGAGCGCGGCGGGAGCGGCUGGAGCGGCAUCAGCAGCAUCGGAGCGGCGAGAGCGAGAGCGCCAUGCUCGCCAACGCGGCCACCAUGCGGAUCCUCAUCAAGGGGGGGAAGGUGGUGAAUGAUGACUGCACCCUGGAGGCUGAUGUCUACAUCGAGAAUGGCAUCAUCCAGCAAGUGGGCCGUGAGCUAAUGAUCCCUGGUGGGGCCAAGGUCAUCGAUGCUACUGGCAAGCUCGUCAUCCCAGGUGGCAUUGACACCAGCACCCACUUCCACCAGACCUUCAUGAAUGCCACCUGCGUGGAUGACUUCUACCACGGCACCAAGGCAGCCCUGGUGGGAGGCACAACGAUGAUCAUUGGCCACGUCCUGCCCGACAAGGAGACCUCACUGCUGGAUGCCUAUGAGAAAUGCCGCAGCCUGGCUGACCCCAAGGUCUGCUGCGACUAUGCCCUGCACAUGGGCAUCACUUGGUGGGCACCCAAGGUGAAGGCAGAGAUGGAAACACUGGUGAGGGAGAAGGGGGUGAACUCCUUCCAGAUGUUCAUGACCUACAAGGACCUGUACAUGCUGCGGGACAGCGAGCUCUACCAGGUCUUCCGGGCUUGCCGUGAUAUCGGUGCCAUCGCCCGUGUCCAUGCUGAGAAUGGCGAGCUGGUGGCUGAGGGAGCGAAGGAGGCACUGGAUCUGGGCAUCACGGGGCCGGAGGGAAUUGAGAUCAGCCGGCCCGAAGAGCUGGAAGCUGAAGCCACACAUCGUGUCAUCACCAUUGCCAACAGGACCCACUGCCCUGUCUACUUGGUGAACGUUUCCAGCAUGUCUGCGGGUGAUGUGAUCGCUGCUGCCAAGAUGCAAGGGAAGGUGGUGUAUGCAGAGACGACCACGGCACACGCCACGCUCACCGGCCUGCACUACUACCACCAGGACUGGUUCCACGCUGCUGCCUACGUCACUGUGCCACCCUUGCGCCUGGACACCAACACCUCGGCCUACCUCAUGAGCCUGCUUGCCAACGACACGCUGAACAUUGUGGCCUCUGACCAUCGACCCUUCAGCACCAAGCAGAAGGCCAUGGGAAAGGAGGACUUCACCAAGAUCCCCCAUGGUGUCAGCGGGGUGCAGGACCGCAUGAACAUCAUCUGGGAGCGAGGCGUGGUUGGCGGCAAGAUGGAUGAGAAUCGCUUUGUGGCUGUGACCAGCUCCAAUGCUGCCAAGAUCCACAACCUGUACCCCCGCAAGGGCCGGAUCAUCCCUGGCGCCGAUGCUGAUGUGGUGGUCUGGGACCCUGAAGCCACCAAGACUAUCUCAGCCAGCACCCAGGUGCAGGGUGGCGACAUCAACCUGUACGAGAACAUGCGGUGCCAUGGAGUGCCCCUGGUCACCAUCAGCCGUGGGCGAGUGGUCUAUGAGAAUGGUGUCUUCAUGUGUGCCGAGGGCACCGGCAAGUUCUGCCCACUCCGCUCCUUCCCAGACUCUGUCUACAAGAAGCUGGUGCAGCGAGAGAAGAGUUUAAAGCUGCGGGGUGUGGAUCGCACCCCGUACCUGGGGGACGUGGCCGUGGUUGUGCAUGCUGGGAAAAAAGAGACUGGGACACCCUUGGCCGAUACGCCCACCCGGCCUGCCACACGACACGGGGGCAUGAGGGACCUCCACGAGUCCAGCUUCAGCCUCUCCGGUUCUCAGAUCGAUGACCACGUUCCAAAGCGAGCUUCGGCCCGGAUUCUCGCUCCCCCCGGAGGCCGGUCGAGCGGCAUUUGGUAAAGCCGGGGACCUGUCCCCCAACUGAGGACCAGGCACCAGCCUCACGCCGUCCCCCAUCCCGGGACCCCGGCUCCGGCGGGGCUCCCCUCGCAUCGGGAGAGGGGGGCCCUGCCCGGCCCCCGUCCUGCCGUGAUAGCCGGUAGCCGUGUGCGGUGGGCCGGGGGCCGUGACCCGGCCGGAGGGGACAGGGGGCAGCGAGUGGCUCUGCCCCGGCCCUUUUCUGUUUGCACGUUGGGUUUGGAUCAGUGAAUUUUUGACUUGUUUGUGCAUCACGUGGAAAUACUCUGAAGUGGUUUGUGUCACUAGCGUUAGGGGAGAAGCAGGGACCCCCCACCCCUGCUCCGGGCUGACCCCCUCCAGCCCUGCACCCACCCUCAGCCCCCACCCCAGCCCUUCCUACGCCCCGAGAGCAUCAUCCUGACAUGAAUGCGCCUGGUCGUGGGGCUGGCAUCUCCCUGCUGGCACACGUGUGCACACACCCAUGCAGCUGGUCGUGCAUGGUGCCGGCAGGCUCCUUACUGCUGCACGUGUGCACACGUGUGUCACACCACACAUGGUCUCAGUGAGGUGUUCCUGGUACACCCAUGUGCAUCCCCCUGUGCCAGAUGCUGGCAGGCUUCUCACCGUGCCCUAUGUGCACACAUGUGCCAUGCUGUCCAUGAUCUCAGUGAGAUGUCUGUUGCACACCUGUGCAUCCCACCAAGUGAGAUGCCAGCAGGCUGCUCGCUGUGCCACAGGUUUGCACACAUCUGUCACACUGUGUGUUUUCUCAGUGGGAUGGUGGUGUCAGACAUGUGCCUGUGCAUCCUUCUUCCAUGCAAGGUGCCACACCUGCCACAUCAUGUAUGGCUUCAGUGAGACAUUCAUAGAACACACACAUGCACCCCUCUGGGUGAGGUGCCAGCAGACUCUUUACUCUGCCUCUUCUGUCUCAACACAUGUGCCAUGCCAUCCCUGGAGAUGUUCAUAGCAAACAUGUAUGCACACAGGACCUCCUCAGCAGUGAGUGCCUGUUUCAUAUCAUGCCAGCGUACCCCUCACCUCCACCCCUUGAUGCCAGGAUCCCCGAGGAUCCUGAGCACCCACAGUAGGCAAUGACAGUGGAGUGUGGGUCAGUAGAUGUCAGUGGGAUGCGGGUCAAGGGGUGCAGGUUGUGGUGCUCAUGACCCCAGGAGAAAGGGGUCCCCAUCAUCCCCCUCCAUGCACCCACUUGCCAACCCAGCUGUCCCCGGGAUAGUGUCAGAUGUGAGUUGUCCCUUGUGCACUUUUCCCCUAGAUGGUCCCUGUAGGUGUGCAGUGGGGGGAGCCGGGUGGGCACAGCCCGGGGCUGGGGGGGGGGGUGUCCUGCCCACCCCUGGGUAGUUCCUAUUGACCGUUUUAGGAUCCUGCAGUACGUUUCUGUUUGCUCAAUAAAGA